AUGCCGGGCGGUGUCUGCGCAGUUCUCGAUUACGAGACUGAACUCAUGGCAGAGUAUGUGGCUGAUAUGACGGUGCGAGUCAUUCUCCCUAAGUCAUCAGUUUCUGGCGCGUUUAGGAAGUUCGUGAACCAGAUCCUUACUUCUACACGACUUCCGAGCACCACCAUCCUCCUCGGAAUGAAUUACUUGGCUAAGAGAGUCAACAUGCUUAACCAGUCCGGCUCAUUCAAUCCGAAUGAGGGCCAGAUGUGGAAAAUGCUGACUAUUGCUCUUCUCCUCGGUAGCAAGUUUCUCGACGACAAUACCUUCCAGAAUCGAUCAUGGUCCGACGUUAGUGGCAUUGCAGUGUCAGACCUCAACACUAUGGAAAAUGAGUGGUUGAAACAUAUCGGUUGGUCGUUGUAUGUCAAUCUUGACCAGAGUCACGACUACAAUGCGUGGCUCAAGAGCUGGAAGGAAUGGGAAGAGAACAAGAAGUUCCACCAGAUCCAGCAACAGCAACAACAACAGCAGCAGCAACAGUCCCACAUCGCUAUUCGCGAGAGGUUGGCACCGAUCGUUACUGCUAUUCACCCGGAGCCAGUACGGCAGCAUCAUGCCCUUGCCUUGCAGAGCUGGGCACAGGAGGAUAUUGCCGAGCACGAACGCUUCAACCUGAAUGCCAGGCUCGCCCAUGCCGGGACCACUGGUUACCGGUGCCGAGAGGGCUCCUGGCAAGGCUCAUAUUGUAAUCCUUGGUCGCAGCCUCAGGCUCCUCUGACUCCUCCAGAUUCUGGUUACGGAACCCCCGAGUAUCUCAACUCGGCUGCUUCAGUGAAUGCCUCUUAUGAUGAGUGGUUCUCUCAGGCUGUCAAUGGGGGCUAUAACAGACACUACAAGCCACCUGGUUACAAGGCACCUGGUCACAACGCAUUCGCAUCUCGUAGUGGAUCCCAUUUCCCUCAGCAUUACUGCUCCCAAUAUGGUUCUGGUCCUUGGGAUCCGAGCUUUCCUGAGUGUUGUACCCACUGUCGGGCUCAACGCCAUGGCACAGGGACUGCUUACGUGUAA